AUGGAGAGGCAUACCAUGUUCAUGGAUCAGAAGCUUCAUCAUAGUGAAGAUGUGUCCAGGUGCUGGGUCUGGAUCCUGGUGGCCGCCACCCAGGUAGCACACCCGUUGCUGCAAGGAUGGGUGACGUACAUCUUGCUCACCUCGUUCCUCAUCUCCUUCAUGUUCCUGUUGUCUUACUUGCUUGGAUUUUACAAAAAAUACAAGUCCUGGAAAGUCCUGGACAGCCUGUACCACGGGACCACCGCCAUCCUGAACAUGAGUGCGGCCGUCUUGCAGGUGCACGCCACGAUCGUCUCUGAGACCCAGAACCUGACCAACUACUUCAUCAACACCACAGCCUUGCUCUUUGCCUUUAUCACCACCCUGCUGUACAUUCUCCACGCCUUCAGCAACUAUUACCACUGAAGGGGCCGGGAGCCACGUGGCCGCGAGAAAGGCCCUUUCAGAAGCUGGGUGAUUGGCUCCCAAAAGUGAUCUUCAACGUCUGCCAUCUGGGUGAUAAACAGAAGAUCGACAAAAACAUCAAUGGGAUUGACAGACCAUCUUUUCAGACUGAACGAUGAAGCCACACUCUGGCACAUCUGUUUGGGACAUUUUAAUUCAUUAGGAUGAAUAUGAAAAACUGUUUUUACUUUU